UCUUUACAAAAAAUGAGUUGAACAUUCCAUUAUACAACUUGGAAUCUAUCUAUCUAUAUUUGUAUAUUUAGUUACCUUUUGUAUACCUCAACUCAUUAUUACAUAUAUCUCCUUAGAAAUAUUAAAAAAAAAUGGCACAUCUAUAUUAUGAGCAAUAUAACUAUGAUUGCUCAUUAAUUCCAUUAAUAUGAAUAAUAAUCUUAUAAAGUAUGUUCAAAAUUUAAUGAAUUACACCUUAUGCAAUCAUCUAUAUUUUUAUUAUUUUAUUUAUUUUUCAUAUUUAUUAUAAUAACUUACAUAGAAACAAUGAAUCAUUCAAUAAAACAAAUUACAUUUUAUAUUAAAGAACAUCCAAAUAUGAAUACAUUCAUAGGGAAUAUAUUUCAAUCUAAUCAAUUAAUCAAUAAUAAUCAUAAUAAUAUAAUACGUAGUAUCCGAUUAGAAACAAUCAAUUUAAAAUGGUCAAAAUGUUUUCGUAUUGAUCAUUUAACUGGUAAUUUAUAUACAACUAUGGAAGCAAAAUCAUUAUUAGAUAAUGAAAAAAUUUGUAUUAAAAAUAAAAAUUCUAAAAUUAUUAUUAAUAAUCAAUUAAAUAAUAAUAAUAAUAGUAAUAAUAAUAAUAUUAUUAUACAUUAUUGUUCUAUUGAUUUAUUGAUUACUAUUAAUAAUCGAUUAUUAAUAUCAAUUAUUAUACAAAUUGAAGAUAUUAAUGAUAAUUCACCAAUCUUUUUAAAUGAUAAUAAUAAUAAUAAUACAGAGAUUAUUUAUAUUAAUGAAACUGUUAUACCGGAAUAUACUAAAAUUCCAUUGAAACCAGCAUAUGAUCCUGAUUUUGGCGGUUAUAAUAAAUUAUAUUAUUAUUUAACCCCUAUUAUAAAUACUAAACAAAAUGUACAAUCAUUCAAUGAUUCAAUAAAUAUUAAUAAUCCAUUUCGUUUAGAUGUUAAUCACCAUGGUGAUAAUGAUAAUGAUGAUGUAAUAAGAAAUUUAAAUGAAUUACAUAAUUCUAAGAAUUUAAAUCUUAUUUUAAUUCAAUCAUUAGAUUAUGAAAUACAAACAGAAUAUCAAUAUAAUUUAACUGUAUGUGAUAAUUCAUUAAAACAAUUUAAUAUUCAAUUAAUAAUUAUUCAUUGUACAUGGAAAUUAUUACAAAUUUAUGUGAAUAAUAUAAAUGAUGAGUUACCAUGGUUUCAACAAACAAAUUAUUCAAUUAUUAUUAAAGAAACAUUUCUAAUUCAUAAUGAAAUAUUAAAAGUUAAAGCAAUAGAUAAUGAUUCUAUACCAUAUAAUCGUAUAUAUUAUCGUAUAAUACCUAAUCAUGAUAUAAUGAUAUUUAAUAAUAAUGAUAAUAAUAAUAAUAAUAAUUUAUUUUAUAUUGAUUCUAAUACAGGUAUUAUAAAACUUGGUAAAUCAAUAAAAAAACCUGGUAUUUAUCGAUUUCUUGUAGAAGCUAUUGAUAUAGAUAAUAUAUAUAAUAAUAAUAAUAAUAAUGAUUAUUUAUUAUCAAGUACAUCUACAUUAGUUAAUUAUCCAUAUAAUAAAAAUCAUUCAUAUAUACAUCGUCAAAAUAUUGCACAUGUACAUAUACAAAUUAUUGAUGUAAAUAAUCAUGCUCCUAGUAUACAACUUCAACAAACUCAAGAUACAUUAAUAUACUACUUAAAUAAUAAUAUUCAAUAUACUAUAAAUAAUUCACAAUUAAUUAUAUUAAAAAUUUCUGAAUCAUUAUCUAUGAAUACACCUAUAGCUUAUUUUAAAAUAACUGAUGAAGAUGAAUUACAAAAUGCUAAUAUAACAUGUCAUUUGAUUCGAUCAAAUUAUAAUGAUCCUUUUAUUUAUACUUAUAAUAAUGAUCCAGAUCCAAUAUAUAAUGAAUUAGAUCAAUUUCAAUUAUUAUUUGUUAAUCGUAUUAGUGAUAAUACAAUAAUCAAUAAAUUAAUUUUAACACAAAAAUUAGAUGCAGAAAAUUUAUCAAAAAAUUUAUUAAUUAAUAAUAAAAUUCAAUUAAAAUAUUCAUUAAAUUCUAUAGCAGGUUAUUAUGGUUUCUUAAUUAGUUGCCAUGACUAUGGUAUACCACAAUUAACAACAUCAAUACCAAUUAUGAUAAUGAUUAUUGAUAUUGAUGAAUAUUAUUCAAAUAUUCAAUUAAUCAAUACAUCAUUAUGUAUAACAUGGCAACUAAAAUAUUCAAUUAAUCAUUCAUAUAUUUAUGAUAUAAUCAUACAAGAGAAUAUACCAAUUCAUUCACAUAUUUUAACAUUAUAUGCAAUUGAUAAAGAUAUUACAUCUAAAUUACAAUUUAUUCAACAAGAUAAAACAAAAUUAUCUAUACCAUUUAUUAUUGAUCAAUAUAAUGGAAUGAUAAGUACUACUGAUAUUAUUGAUUAUGAAUAUAAUCAUAAUUAUCAAAUGUAUAUUAGUAUCUAUGAUAUAAAUCAUUCAGAACAAUCCUUAGUAACAACAAUAUUGAUUAAUAUUAUGAUUGAAGAUUUAAAUGAUAAUUCACCAGAAUUUAUAAUAUCAUCAGUAAAUGAUGUACAAUUUGAUGGAGAUUCUAUAUUGGAACCAAUUACUACUACUACUAUUACUACUAAUAAUAAUAAUAUGAAUGGAUUAAGAAUCAUUGAAUUAGAAGAGGAAAUAAUACAUACACAACCAAUAGGUAAUGUGAAAGCAUUAGAUCGUGAUACAGGUAAAAAUGCAGAAAUUAUUUAUUUCAUUGCUGAAAUUUCAUAUCAAAUAGAUAAUACUCAUAAUGAUAUUGUGUAUUCAGCUAUCAAUCGAACAAAAGAAAUAAAACCAAUGUUGAAUACAUCUAAAUUAUUGAUUGAUUCAGAUGGUGCUAUAUGGUGUGAAGGAAAAAUCGAUAGAGAAUUAACACCUAUUAUUGAUUUAGUGAUUGGUGCACAUGAUCUUGGUGAACCUAAAUUAACAUCAUAUACAAAAAUUCGAAUAUUAAUUAAAGAUAUAAAUGAUAAUAAUCCAGAAUGGCAAUUUCCAACAAAAAAUGAUUUUUUAGUAUCUAUACCAAAAUCUUUAUCCGUUGGUAAAGUAGUUACACGAAUUCGAGCUACGGACAAAGAUGAAUUAUUAAAAAAUGGUUAUGUCACCUAUUACAUUUUUACUCCAAACCAUAAUAUAACACAAAAGUCUCAAUUUGACUUCAUCUCACAUAAUAUCAUUACACAAUUUUUUACAUUAGAUUUUAAUACAGGUGAAUUAACUGUGAAACAUUCAUUAAUUCGAUUACCAGAUGGAUUUCUUGAUAUUUGGUUAAAAGCAGAAGAUAAUGGAAAAGUUCCAAGAUAUUCAAUUGCAAAAUUAGUACUAUACUUAACUACUCCUACUUCUACUAAUACUAAUAAUAAUAACUUUUUAAAUCUUGAUAGUCCACAGAAAUUAAUGAUGUAUUAUGAAGAGAAUAAAAACACUAAAGAUAUUACUUCACAAAUACAUUCCAUGGGAAAUUUACAUGAAAUUCUCCCAAUUAAAAUGAAUCUCAAUUCAAACGGUGUGUACUUCACUGAAACACCAGGAUAUAGGAAAAAUUUUAGGACAUUAUCAUUAUUAAUUAGUGGUUCAAUUGUUGGUAUAAUAGUUAUUAUUAUAUUCCUAAUAUUAUUUGUAAUUUGUUUCAAAUAUAACUCUCAUAAUCCUAAUCCUAAUAAUGUAAAAUGUGACUCAAUUACACCAAUCAAUACAAUGGAGUGUAGUAAUAACUUACCAAUGAAAUUAUUCAAUAAUAAUUACCAUAAAGAUAAUACAUAUCAACAUUGUAAAGAUUUUAAUAUCAAUGGUGAAACACCAACUACCUCAAAUGUAAAUCUAAUGAAUCAUACAAACUAUGAACAAAUCAAAUAUAAUAAUAAUCAAAUAGAGAAAAAAUUAGAAACACAUGAAGAUCUAAAUGAAAUGAAUCGAUCCAGUGUUACAUCAUUAUCCGUUGAUGAUACUACUAUUCAAACAUAUAUACCAAUGAAUUUAAUGACAAAUUGUAAUGAAUUACAUUAUUCACCAAUUACUUCAGUAAUUGAUUUAUCAGAUAAAAUUCCUAUACGUUUAUUACAUGUUUCAAAUGAUACUUUUGCUGUACCAUUAUGUAUGACACAUGAUAUCCCUACUACUAAUAAUGUUAAUAAUUAUUAUCAUAAUCAUCAUAAUACUACUUAUACUACUACUACUACUGAACAUGAUAAUAAUAAUAAUAAUAAUGAACUGACAACACAUCCACUUACAAUUGUUGCUACAGUUGUAUCAACCGAUAAUAUUAAACAAGGUCUAUUACCAAUUUUAACAGAAGAAACAAAUAAUAAUGUAGUUGAUAUGACAAAUAAUAAACUAUAUGAUAGUGAUACUUUUAUAAAAUUAGAAAAUUUAACACAUUCCGAAGGAUAUUACACAACGUACACUCCAUGUUUGUUUACUACAACUGAAAAUGCUUCAUGAACUAUGAAUACAUUUGAUUCAAUACUGGCAUAUAUAUAUAUAUAUACAUAUUUGUACAAAUUAAAACCUAGUCCCAGUAACUACCGAUUUUUACUCAACUAGACAUUUUUUUAUAAAAAAAAUAACAAAAAUUGUUUGUAUGUUAAUGUAUAUGUAUCUCCUGGGGGUGGGUGUGGG